GGGUCACGUGACGUGGUAUUAGCUCGCGGACUCUGCUUUGUUUUUAUCGUUUGCGCAAACCUUAAAGAAAUGCGCGAAUCGUGGCUUUUACCGCACCGCGGUAGUCGGGGGAUGCCCGACGGGCCUCCCGCAGGGCCCUGGGCUGCGGAGCGACGCGCAGGACGGAUCGACGGCGGAGCUCGCGGCGGCAGCUGUGGGGAACCCGCGCGUCACGUGACCGGCAUGCGGCGGAGCGUUUGAUAAAAAGAUGGCGUGAGCGCGGCGGAGCGGAGAGGACAACAACUCGCGGAGGAGAGAGCAGCGGGAGCAGCGGCCGACAGCCAGAUGGAUCCCGGACAGGAUUUACUGCUCGCCGCUCUCAGCGAGAGCGGCAUCUGCCCCGACAUGGGCCUCUUCGACGUCGAUUCUCAGGACGCUGCUCAGCCCUCGACGACCCAGCAGUCGAUCUCCAUUAGUGCCCUGGAUGUGGCGGCGGGAGCCGAGCCAGCCGAGGCGGUGCGAGCCGACCCUCCAGCUGCAGUCCCCAUCGUGACAAUCCGGCAGCACAAGCCUCAGCCAUCCACCACCACCUUUGUCUUAAACCAGCUGAACCAGCUGCCGUCGCUCGGCGCCGUGGUGACCAAGCAGUCCGCCACCAACCCCAUCAAACACACCAUCACCGUCACCAAGGUGGUGCACGUGGCCAACUCGGCGCUGCGGGGCCCGUCCACGCCCCCCUCCGCCGCCGCGCCCCCGGCAGCCUCCACGGUAGUGCCUUCAAACAGAGAGCAGAUCCAGCUCAAAGACCUCCUCCGCACCGGCGCCAUGAAGAGCGCCGGCCUGAAGGGGAACAGCCUGAUGGAGCUGAUGAAGCUGAAGCCUCCGCCCGACAUCGCUCCGCCGGUGGCCACGGCCACCGCCACAGGGCCAGGGGAAGCAAACAACGGGAUCAAGAAGGAGGCGUCGAGUAAAGACGCUCCGCGGAUCUGGAUCAACGACGACGUCAAGCUGCAGAACUUCUCUCACUCCCUGAAGACGCCGGGCGUGAAGGAGGAGGAGGAGCCCGAGGAGGAGGAGGAGGACGAGCUGGGCCACGCCGAGACCUACGCCGAGUACAUGCCGCUGAAACUGAGGAUCGGCCUGCGACACCCGGACCCCGUGGUGGAGACCAGUUCUCUGUCCAGCGUCAGUCCGCCGGACGUCUGGUACCGGCUGUCCAUCCCGGAGGAGACCAUCGACCGGGGCUCGCUGUCCGCCCUGCAGCUGGAGGCCAUCACCUACGCAGCUCAGCAACACGAGACCUUCCUCCCCAGCGGCGACCGGGCUGCCUACCUGAUCGGGGACGGCGCCGGCGUGGGGAAAGGCCGCACCAUCGCAGGGAUCAUCUACGAGAAUUACCUCCUGGGCCGGAAGCGCUCGCUGUGGUUCAGCGUUUCCAACGACCUGAAGUACGACGCCGAGCGCGACUUGAGAGACAUCGGCGCCAAAAACAUCCAGGUUCACUCCCUGAACAAGUUCAAGUACGGGAAAAUCUCCUCCAAACACAACGGCAGCGUGAAGAAGGGCGUGAUCUUCGCCACCUACUCCUCGCUGAUCGGAGAGAGCCAGUCGGGAGGGAAGUACAAGACGCGCUUCGACCAGCUGCUGCACUGGUGCGGCGAGGACUUCGAUGGAGUCAUCGUGUACGACGAGUGUCACAAGGCCAAGAACGUGUGUCCGAUCGGCUCCUCCAAGCCCACCAAGACGGGCCUGGCGGUGCUGGAGCUGCAGAACAAGCUGCCCAAAGCCCGGGUGGUGUACGCCAGCGCCACAGGAGCCUCGGAGCCUCGGAACAUGGCCUACAUGAACCGGCUGGGAAUCUGGGGCCACAAGACCCCCUUCAGAGAGUUUGGGAACUUCAUCCAGGCCGUGGAGCGAAGGGGCGUGGGCGCCAUGGAGAUCGUGGCGAUGGACAUGAAGCUGCGGGGGAUGUACAUCGCUCGCCAGCUGAGCUUCACCGGCGUCACCUUCAAGAUCGAGGAGGUUCCUCUGAGCCACAAGUACAUCGGCAUGUACAACAAAUCAGUGCGGCUGUGGGUCAGCGCCCGUGAGAAGUUCCAGCAGGCUGCGAACCUCAUGGACGCCGAGCAGCGCAUGAAGAAGUCCAUGUGGGGCCAGUUCUGGUCGGCCCACCAGCGCUUCUUCAAGUACCUCUGCAUCGCCUCCAAGGUCCGCCGGGUGGUGCAGCUGGCCCGGGAGGAGGUGCAGAACGGCAAGUGUGUGGUGAUCGGCCUGCAGUCCACCGGUGAAGCUCGGACUCUGGAGGCUCUGGAGGAAGGAGGAGGAGAACUCAACGACUUCGUCUCCACCGCAAAGGGCGUGCUGCAGUCCCUCAUCGAGAAGCACUUCCCCGCUCCGGACCGACAGAAGCUCUACAGCCUGCUGGGAAUCGACCUCUCGGCCAAGAAGACGCCGUCUCCCAGCGAGGCCGCCGCCGCCGCGCAGCGCGAGCAGAAGGGCAAGAAACGGAAAGCCCCGGAGGUGAAGAAGCAGCAGCAGAAGAAGAAGAAGAAGCCGCGGCGGCACGGCGGCCUGUCGGGGACCAGCUCCGAGGACAGCCAAUCGGACGAGUCGGACGGCGAGUCGGCGGCGGACAGCGACGACAGCUUCAAGUCGGUCAGCUCGGCCGAUGAGGACGACGACUUCAACCCCUUCCGGGACGAGUCGGACGACGAGGACGAGGACGACCCGUGGCUGAUCCGGAAGGAGCCGAAGAAAGGGAAGGAGAAGAAGAAGAAGCGCAGGAAGAGCAUCGACCCCGACUCCAUCCAGAGUGCCUUGCUGGCGUCCGGACUGGGCGCCACCCGCCCGGCGUUCAGCGCCCCGGUCCACACCCCCAGCGCCCCGGCCCCAGUGGCGAAGGCGGAGAGCGCCGACGGCGUGCUGACCAGCCAGGACGCCGUGGAGCGCGCCCAGAGGAUGAAGCGCGACCUCCUGGAGCAGCUGGAGGAGCUGGCCGAGGACCUGCCGCCCAACACGCUGGACGAGCUCAUCGACGAGCUGGGGGGGCCGGAGAACGUGGCGGAGAUGACGGGCAGGAAGGGCCGGGUGGUGAGCAACGACGACGGCAGCAUCACGUACGAGUCCCGCUCCGAGCUGGACGUCCCGGUGGAGAUCCUCAACCUGACGGAGAAGCAGAGGUUCAUGGACGGAGAGAAGAACAUCGCCAUCAUCUCGGAGGCCGCCAGCUCGGGGAUUUCCCUGCAGGCCGACCGCCGAGUGAAGAACCAGCGGCGGCGGGUCCACAUGACGCUGGAGCUGCCCUGGAGCGCCGACCGGGCCAUUCAGCAGUUCGGGAGAACUCACCGCUCCAACCAGGUCACGGCUCCGGAGUACGUCUUCCUCAUCUCCGAGCUGGCCGGAGAGCAGCGCUUCGCCUCCAUCGUGGCCAAACGGCUGGAGAGCCUGGGGGCGCUCACUCACGGAGACAGGCGGGCGACGGAGACUCGGGAUCUCAGCAGGUUCAACUUCGACAACAAGUACGGCAGGAACGCUCUGGAGAUCGUCAUGAAGUCCAUCGUGAAGCUGGACUCGCCGCUCGUGUCGCCGCCGGCCGACUUCAAGGGAGACUUCUUCAAAGAGAUCCAGGGCGGGUUGAUAGGCGUGGGUCUGAUCAACGUGGAGGACCGGUCCGGAGCGCUGAUGCUGGAUAAAGACUACAACAACAUCGGGAAGUUCCUGAACCGGAUCCUGGGCAUGGAGGUGCAGCAGCAGAACGCCCUGUUCCAGUACUUCUCCGACACGCUGGCCGCCGUCAUCCAGGAGGCCAAGAAGAACGGCCGCUACGACAUGGGAAUUCUGGACCUCGGCUCUGGAGACGAGAAGGUGAAGAAGAUGGACUGCAGGAAGUUCCUCACGCCGGGAUACACAGCGUCCGGACACGUGGAGCUCUUCACCGUGGGUGUGGAGCGGGGGAUGUCCUGGGAGGAAGCCACUCUGGCCUGGGCGGAUCAGAACGGACCAGACGACGGCUUCUACGUUCAGAUGAGGAACAACAAGAAAACCUCCAUCCUGGUGAAGGAGGUCAACGCCAAGAAGAUGCUGUUCCUGGUCUACAGACCCAACACCGGCCCGCCAGCUCAAGCUGGAGACGUAGCAGACCUGAAGAAGAGUUCAAGAAGGUGGGUUCUGUCUGAAGAUGCCAAACAGCACUGGACCGACCUAUACAAGCUGUCGGCCAAGAUCUGCUCCCACGCCUACUGGCGCGGGAACUGUAAGAAGGCGUCGGUGGGGCUGCAGUGCGAGGUGGGGCUGCGCUGCCGGACCUACUACGUCCUGUGCGGCUCGGUGCUGAGCGUGUGGAACGAGCUGGAGGAGGUUCUGACGCCCGUCAGCGACCACGUCAAGGUGCAGAUCGUCCGGCUGCGCACCGAGGACGGCCAGAGGAUCGUCGGUCUGAUCAUUCCAGCCAACUGCGUCUCUCCGCUCAUCAACAAGCUGUCCACGUCGGACCAGAGCCAGCAGCUGGCGGUGCAGGAGCAGCAGAAGAGGCAGCAGCUCCACCCUCAGAGCCUGAGCCACGCCGCCUUCACAUAGUCCCAGUGAGGCGCCCCCCCCUCCCCCCUGCACCAACCCGGGACCCCGGGGGCGGCGGCGCCUUCCUGUAUAGCAGUGGUUGUACAGAAGAACAAAGUUGAGUUUUUUUUUCGUUUGUUUUUUAAAGUUUUCACCUGGAGAGCGGCGGCGGCGCUCCGUCCUCUGACAUUCAGGGGGCGGAGCUUUGAUCCCAGGGCCAGUUGGAGCACAGACUUGUUUUUUUUUCCUCCUUUUGUUUUGUUUCUUGUGUUUGUCUCCCGGAUCUGGGACAGAGCGGAUAAUAAAAACCACUCGAACGAGGAGUCGUUUUCUCCGGGCAUUUCUCCCCCUCUUCACCCCCCAUCACCACCACAGACUGACGUGCAGAGGAGGGAGGAGCUCUCCUCACCGACCUCUUCUUCAAUCCUCUCUCAUACUGAACACAGCCCGCGAACUUCCACGCUCCACCUGCUGGCGGGAGCGGUAACACACUGCUCCAUGACCAAAAACAGGAAGGUUCUGCCGGGUUCUCGGUUCUCCGCUCACACUCAUUGUGUCGCUGUUUUUUUUUUUUUUUUAAUAUCACUACCUGAAGAUUGAAUACAACUGUUAGAACUUGGAGUUUAGAGCAGAACGUGAUGGAGUUCAUUCAGAACCAGGAAGCUCGAUCUCCGGUCCAGUCGGCCCGGUCCCUGGUACAGCUGGACCGGUCCCCGGUCAGAUCUCCGGUCCAGUCGGCCCGGUCCCUGGUACAGCUGGACCGGUCCCCGGUCAGAUCUCCGGUCCAGUCGGCCCGGUCCCUGGUACAGCUGGACCGGUCCCCCGGUCAGAUCUCUGGUCAGUGUGGUUCCUUCUCCUCGUCUGCUUCCAAAACAUUCUCAUGUUUGCAGGUCUUUUAAGGCUCCUUUGAGGCAUUUCUCUUCAUUUCCCGAUGCUCCUGAAGAGAAUCGGUCCAAUCAGCCAAGGAAUUGUGGGAAAUGUGAAAACUGAACCAUCAUCUGUUUCUCUCUGAUUUUGUUGCCUUUUUUUUUUUUUUUUUUUUUUUUAAUCAUCAUUGUAGAAGAACAUCCACUCAGGGCGUAAACUGGUACAAAGAAAGCUCCUCGUCCAUCAGUCAGCAUUCAGUCUGUGAAGCCGAGCACUCAGGUGGUUCCCACGUCGCCCAGAACGCGAGCAGAACGUCUCAGUCCGACCCAGAAACGUUAAAAUUUAAAGCUACGUUUUAAUGAAAAAAGGACAGAAAAGGGGUGAAUCGCAGAAGCUUCCGUUGUCUGAGGAGUUCACACGCCAACGGUGCGACUUUUCGAAAACGCUUCGUCUCUAUUGGAAACGCAGCGUUUUCACAACGUUGACGAGUAAAAAUGAAACUUGUUUAAACCAAUCGAUGUAAACCAUUGUUUAAAUUGUCGUUUGUUUCAACUGAUUUUCUGCUUUGAAAGAGUUUUCAAAGCCUCGGUCCCGGGCCCCCAGAUCCCGCCCCCCAGGGGGCCACAGACCUCCGGUUGGGAACCACUGCUGCAGUCGCUGCAGCUGGACGGCGGACAGACCAAAAGACGCUGGGACACCUGACUGAGCCGUGUCCUCCUCCUGCUCGUGCACGGCGGGACGGCCGUGCUCCUCCUCCUCCUCCUCCUCCUCAGAUCGAAACACUUGAAGGACUUUCCGUUUCCGGGUUCCAUCACUGCACGAGUUGCACUACUGACUCCAGCUGUACAGGAAGGAGUGCGAUGCUCAAUAAAAGCUUGGUUUACUUUA